CCGGAGGGGCUCGGUGUCGAUGGUCGUGGAGGAGAAGGAAGAGCCUGAAGAAGUCCAGGCGGAAAGUGAAAUGGCGCAUCCCGCCGGUUCCGAUGCUGGAAGCGUGGCGGGGAGGUCUGGGCGGGGUGAGGUGAUAAGCCUGAUGCAGACUGUGGGGGAGAUUGUGAGGCAGCCGCAGUCAUUCAUGGAGAGGCUUGAGGGCUUUCUGCCUGCGACCCAGCCGGCUGAGCCGACCAAGACAUCACCCGUGUCUCCACCAAAGAAGAGAAGCUCUCUUUCGUCCCUUCCGUCGUUCCCUCUCGGCUCACUUGCGGAGGAAGUGCCUGCAUCGUCCAGCGCUGAAGAGAGCCCCGAGACAGAGGAGAGCGAGAGGUCGGUGGAGCGAGGCCCAGUGGCACGGAUGGGUGAUCGAGUGACCAACCUAAUCACUGGGGCGCUGGACAAUAUCGGGCUUGGUUCUCAAACGACGCCCGAGAAGGCUGAAUCACCGCCUAGGCCAUCCCUAUCUGUUGCACCUCCCCCUCCUCCCCCUCCUCCCCGGCUGGAAGAGAAGAGGCGAUCGAGCACUGACAAAGACAUACGGCCCUCCGUCUUCUCACAAGUGUCGACAUACGCUCCCACACAGAUGUUCCGUCAAUCGGUCGCUGCGCGGGAGGAGGCUGACGAGCCGUCAAUGUCAUCAUCAGAGGCUGAGGGAGAAACUGAGACAGGUGUGUUUCAACUAAGGCGGUUCCUGCCCCAGCAACUCUUUGCCGCGGCACUCACGGCCAAGGAUUCCUUUCCAUCAUUGCCCGAGUUGAAAAACGUCGCAGAGAGGGAUGAGAGUUUGUCGUCGGCGUCUUUCACGCCUUCUUCUGAGCGGCAAACAAGGGCUGCAAAGGCGCAGGCAUCGCGGCCGACGUCUCCGCCAGUCCGUGUACCGCCACUGAAGCUACACACACGUGGGACCGCCCCGAAGGAUGAAAAGAUCUCGCCCAUCAAGACGGUUAUUCGGGCGAAAGAACAAGUCAGCCCGCCACGACCAAUCACCAAAGCAGGUAGAUAUUCAUAGAAUAGCGAGGACAGGCACCAGCCCUUGAAUGCGUGUCUGUCUGUCUGUCUGUCUAUCUCUGUCUGUCUCUUUUGCCUGCAGCUGCCAGCACUGCCAAAGAGCAACUGGCUCCUGCAGAGUCUGCCACGGCAGAAGAGCCGUCAGGGAUGCCAUCGAGGACCCAGUCAGUGCCGUUCAAGACAGGAAGGAGCCGUGAGUCCCUCCAGUCACAGCACAGAUACUAUACCGCCAAGUCGCCAACCUCACUCACCGACAGGGACAGACGCCUGUCAGGUAACACACCAACGAAUACAAUGUGUUCGACAGAAUGUGCCUCUUUCCACUUCCCUGACAGGUCGAAGACGCAUGACGGCGGACCCACCCGCCCAUUUGACAUCGAUGCACGCCAUGUCCUUCAAGACUUACACCGACGAGGCCCCCAUCAUGGCUGACGAAGCAUUCGAGAGCCUUCCCUCCUCUGAAGCCACAUCCCAUCAGCCGCUCGAAGUUGAAACGAAGGAGGAAGCAGCUAUUGACCAUCAAGCGGAACUUGUCUCGGAGUCCGCAAGCGACACACGGCGGGAAAUCAUCCAAGCGCCAGCAAGCAGCGAGCAGCAAGCGCCCCCCGUGGGGCCGAUUCCGCCAAGGAAGGAUGUCUGGCUACCAGAGGCCAAGACAGAGAAGAUCGAUGAGGCUCCGCCAGCUCUGCCGAUUCAUUCGAGGCCAACGGACGAUGGAGUGGCUGCUCGUGUUGAAAAGGAAGCGGGCAAAGAAGUGAAUGAAGCUGCGCCAGAAGAUGCGGAGGCAAAGUUCUCUGACCAGGUCGUGGCCGUGGGGGAGAGUGAAAGGGAGAGGGCAGAGGACACUGAUGAAGCUCCACAGCAGCUCGAAGAGCCGCAGCCGGCAGUCAAAGCAGCAUCGCUGAUCCCUCUGGUUGUUGAGCAAGAUCUCCAGACUGGAACAAAAGAUGUGGCUGAAGUUCCGGAGCAGCAUCAAAGUGACAAGGCGGAGUACACUGAUGAAGUGCCACAACAGCCAGAGGGGCCACCACCGGCAGCCGACGCGGCAUUCGCACCUAUCGCUGCAGCGGCGAUCCCUGCAAAAGCAGAGCCGGUGCUCGAGGUGGAAAGAAAAGGCUCGGCUGAUGUUCUGGAGACACGAGGAGACUUGCGUGCAGCGCUUCCGCUUCCCCCACCGAGUCCUCCAGAAAGCGAAGCCUCGCAUGAGGGGGACAAGUCUGUAGCUGCAGAGGAGAGGAGCGGCUCUGACGAUAGUGUCCCGCCACCGCCGCAACCAGCGCCCUAUGCUCAAGAGCCGAUCGAGGUUGCAGCCGCUCCCGCUGCCCAUCCCCCACGGCUACCUAGCCCCUCUGCGUCUCCCAGCUCAUCCAUUGAGACAUCCUCCCGCCGCUCUCUACCUUCACAAUCUCGACGACCCCCGCCCCUUCCACCACCUGCCCCGCCUCAAGCCCCUGACGAGGCGGUAUCGCUAUCAUCGCAUGGGUCCCUGUCGAUGCAAGACGAAGGUGAUAGUGGAUGAGUGUGAGAUGAUGAGAUGAUUGUCCUGUAUGUGUCUGUGUCGAGCCACGAUCUUUGCAUGAAGACAUUGCGAUUCAUCAAAAUUGUC